UUGAUGUAAACACAAAUUGCAAUUUGAUUAGGUUUACCACGACGUUAGUUCAUAAUAGUAUGUCAAUGCCAUUUCUAUAACAGCCUUUGCUGUCACUAUUACCAGUGCCUCAGUGAUUCGGUGCCGCCAUGAUCACAGUCAGCCGGUCGCUACUCACCGCAACAUUGCUCCUACUCCUGGUUGCUACCAUCGUAUGUCAAUGCAGAAGAGACGCGUAUCUUCGGGAUGCUGGGAAACUUGCUGUGCCUAUUAAUGAAUUCUACUGCUCCAAUUUGACGCGAGGACAGACAUGGGUAGAUUGGAAGACAAGAGUGGUCGAAUUGCCGAAGCAACAUAUUGAUAGCCCAGACUCAAAUAUUGUCAUUGACUAUUUCGUGCAUUGGCCCUGGUACCUAAAAGGAGUUCGUUUGAUGGUGUGCAACUCCGUCGGCCACCGACCCAACAUCAGCUGGCCUGAGCAGGGCUACUCUCCUGUUACAUCCAGCUGUUCCACUGAGGACUCCCCAAGGUGCCCUGUGGGGUUGGAGAUCUACAUGGUGCAGUACCAGAGCUGGUGGCCAUGGCCUUGAAAGAUUAAGCGCUUAAAUACUACUAGUGGGUGUCGUACAAUGUGACUGAAGCUUAUUUGUUUUACUUAAAAUAUUAUGAUUCUGAUAACAUUCAAUUUUUUUGAUAAUG